AUGUUGCCGAAAGUGAAUACGACUCUUGAGCCAUUUGACGAAAACCUUGCCAGAAAAUGUAGUUUACGAAUGCCCGGAAAACCUGCCAGACAGUCGUUGUACGACCGUUCGCCUCAGACUUAUGUAAACGUUGCACGCAUCGUAAAUGCCUUCGAGUUAGAAGUUCAAGAAUGGGGACUCACGUCAGAUGCAACACCUGAGCAGCUAACAGAACUGGUAAAGACCAGGCUGAUGGAUUUCUUGGUCACCGACCGCAACCUAAACAUUGACAAGUCUACGGCAAGCGAGGUGGUGCGAAGAACCAUUGCUCGCUGGCUUGCGAUCUGUGAACUGGACUUCAACGAG